AUGAAUAUAUUUAAAAAUUGCAAAAUUAGUUUAUCAUUAGUUGUUCUGGGAAUUGUACAUAUGCAAGUACAAUCUAAUUAUGAUGGCUUAAAUAACCCCCCGACCCAAAUUAAAUUAAAUUAUAAUAUAUAUAGUAGGAUGCUGUCUACCAAUGAAUCUGCUGAUGUUGUUGUUGAGGCAACAACGAAAGAAAGCUUUAGAGAUAGGGAUAAAAAUACUAAUGAGAAAAUUGAAGAAACAUCGUCUUCUAAUAGUAAUGAAGAAGCAUCAGAAGAAGCUGUAAGUAGCGAAAGUGAUGUAAAUGAUGAUUCUGGCACAUAUAGAUUAAAAAGUGAUAGCGAUAUAUUAAGAUUAUGUUAUAAUAAUAAGGAGGUUAUAAUAUUAAAUGAGCACGAUUUAUUAAAUGAAUUUCUUAAUGGAGAAGUACCAAAUAUAUUCAAUGAAAAUAAAUCAGCAUUUAAAGAAUUAUUGGAUCAAGAUUUAUGGAAUACAUAUGAAAUAGAUUUUGAUAAAAAAAGAAAAUGUACAUUAUUUACAAACUCAAUUGAUUUAGAAAUAAAUAAUGAAAUAUCAUUAUUUGGAAAUGUAUGUCGACAAACCGAUACAUUAAUAGACCUGUGGAGAAGGGUAGUAAAAAAUGAAGAAACCAAAUUUUACUUUUUAAAAAGAAAUUUAUAUCUACAAUAUAUGAAACUAAGAACUAAAAGUAGAUUACCACCUGAGGAAUUGAAUAAGAUAUUAAAUGAAUGUAAUAUAAUAAUUAAGAAGUAUAAUAAUAAUCAUGAUAAGACUAUUAAAGACGUUUUUAAAGUAUGGUCAACUGUUACUCCUCAUAAUAUAAUUGAAUUUAAAAUAAUGGUAAUGGCUUGUAGAUUAACAUGGAGAAUAUUAGUAAAAAAUUUACAUAAGGAAUAUACAGAUUUAUUAAAAACUUCAUUUAAAUAA